AUGUCCAAAAUUACCCAUCAUACCAAGAGCCAGGUAAACCACAACUUGAAUGAGAAAGAACAAUCAACUGAUGCCAAUGUUGCAAUGAAUAAGAUGUUGGAAUUAUCUGACAAGAAUUUUAAAGCGGUCAUCACAAAAAUACUUCAUCAAACAGUUGACAAAAAAGUUUGUAGCAGCAAUCCCUGUCAAAACGGUGGAACCUGCCUUAACCUGCACGAUUCCUUUUUUUGUAUCUGUCCAUCACAGUGGAAGGGUCCUCUCUGCUCAGAUGAUGUUAAUGAAUGCCAGAUUUAUUCUGGAACACCCUUGAGCUGCCAGAAUGGAGCCACGUGUGAAAAUACAGCAGGGAGUUACAGUUCUCAGGGGCUAGUGAAAUUUGCAAAUAAUAAUAUUCUUGAAGGGUACCAGGGCAAUGGGAGAGUGUGCACACUCCUAGACAUCUGCUCGGUCAACAACGGAGGCUGCCACCAACAUGCUUCUUGCUCCUCAGUUGUAGGUUCCUUACCUCUCUGUACUUGUCUCCCGGGAUAUACUGGAAAUGGUUAUGGGCCAAAUGGAUGUGUACAACUCAGUGAUAUUUGUCUCAGUCACCCCUGUUUAAAUGGACAAUGUAUUGAAACAGUCUCUGGUUAUGUUUGCAAGUGUGAAUCAGGUUGGGCUGGCAUCAACUGCACAGAAAACAUCAAUGAGUGUUUGAGCAACCCCUGUUUGAAUGGGGGAACUUGUGUUGAUGGUGUUAAUGCUUUCAGUUGUGAAUGCACCAGUGCCUGGACUGGCUCUCACUGUCAGAUUCCCCGGCAAGUUUGCGGAGGGUCACUGUCAGGGAUGAAUGGAACCUUCAGCUACAAUAGUCCUGAUACUGGUUAUGUUCAUGACGUUAACUGCUUCUGGGUUAUCCGAACUGAAGAGGGAAAGGUAAAUGCAGUAUCUCCUGUCCAAUUGUACAUUUAAUUUAUAUACAAUUGUCCACAUGAGUUUCUUCAGGUUUAUGAUGGAGACUCCUCUGCAGGAUUCCAACUUGGAAGAUUCUGUGGCUCCAGCCCGCCUCCUGAAGUCUUCAGCAGUGACAAUGCUCUAUAUUUUCAUUUCUAUUCUGAGCAUUUAAGAAAUGAGAGAGGCUUUACAGUAAGAUGGGAAACACAGCAACCAGAGUGUGGAGGUGUGCUGACUGGUGCUUAUGGUUCCAUUACGUCUCCGGGAUAUCCUGGAAAGUAUCCUUCCGGAAGAGAUUGUGUCUGGAGAGUUGAGAGCAGUCCUGACCUCCUGAUAACAUUUACUUUUGGGACCUUAAGCCUGGAACACCAUAAUAAUUGCAGCAAAGAUUAUCUUGAGAUCCGAGAUGGUCCCAUGCCUAUGGACCCCAUUAUUGGGAAAUUCUGCACCACUCUUUCUGUCCCACCACUCCAGACUACAGGUCCCUUUGCCAGAAUUCAUUUCCAUUCUGACACUCAGAAUAAUGAUCAGGGAUUCCAUAUCACCUACUUCACAUCACCUUCGGAUCUGCUUUGUGGAGGGAUGUACAAAGACCCAGAGGGUGAGCUCCUCUUUCCUGACUUGUCUGGACCUUUGACUCACAGCAGGCAAUGCAUCUAUGUAAUAGAACAACCCGAGGGAGAACAAAUAAAAAUUAACGUCACGCAUGUGGAGCUGGGAGGCCAGAGUGGCUGUUCUCAGAGUUACAUUGAGCGGAAAGACGAAGGUGACACAUUGGAGGGAGAAAGAUGUGGNAAUUCAACCGUCUCUCACAUUAACUCCAUUACUAAUAGAAUCUGGAUCAGGUUUAAAAUAGAUGCUUCCAUUGAAAAAGCUGGUUUCAGAGCUGUUUAUCAAGUAGCUUGUGGAGGUGAAUUAACUGGAGAAGGGGUCAUUCGCUCUCCUUUCUAUCCUAAUGUGUAUCCUGGAGAAAGGAUAUGUAGAUGGACCAUCCACCAACCCCAAAGCCAAGUAGUUCUUCUCAAUUUCACUGGCUUUGAAAUUGGAAAUUCUACCCAUUGUGAUACAGAUUAUAUUGAGAUUGGUAGCAGUUCCAUUUUGGGUUCUCCUGAAAAUGAAAAGUAUUGUGGCACAGAUGUACCUUCACUUAUAACAUCUGUAUAUAAUUUUCAAUACGUCACAUUCGUGAAAAGUUCUUCUACUCAAAAUCAUGGUUUCAUGGCCAGAUUCAGUACUGCGGAUUUAGCGUGUGGAAAAAUUUUUACAGAGUCAGCAGGAACCAUUCAAAGUCCUGGCCAUCCAAACAUCUAUCCCCAUGGUAUCAACUGUACCUGGCAUGUAUUAGUCCAAUCUGGCCACCUGAUUCGUUUGUCAUUCAAAAAAUUUCAUCUGGAGUUUCAUUACAAUUGCACAAAUGAUUAUCUGGAAGUUUAUGACACUGGCUCUGGGACCUCUCUUGGACGAUAUUGUGGAAAAUCAAUCCCACCCUCUCUUACCAGCAGUACCAACUCAUUAAUGCUGAUAUUUGUGGCUGACUCUGACCUGGCUUAUGAAGGCUUUGAAAUAAACUAUGAAGUGAUUGAUGCAUCAACAGUAUGUGAGAAUGUGGUAAUUGUCAAUCGAACUUACGGCAUCUUGGAGAGUAUACAUUAUCCAAAUCCUUAUUAUGCCAAUCAGCGUUGCAACUGGACCAUCCAAGCAACACGUGGCAACACUGUCAACUACACGUUUUCAGCAUUUGAACUAGAAAAUCACAUAAACUGCUCUACAGACUAUUUAGAGCUCUAUGAUGGAUCACAACGGAUGGGGCGCUACUGUGGAACAGAUAUUCCCCCUUCGGGGAGUACCACAAGCUCCAAGCUUCGUGUGCUGUUCCUCACUGAUGGGGUUGGUAACCACGAGAAAGGAUUUCAGAUGCAGUGGUUCAUUCACGGUUGUGGUGGGGAGCUGUUUGGGGACAUGGGUGCUUUCAGCAGCCCGGGGUAUCCCAACAGGUACCCACCCAACAAGGAGUGUAUCUGGUACAUUAAUACAGCCCCUGGGAGUAGCAUUCAGCUCACUAUCCAUGACUUUGACGUGGAGUAUCAUGCAAGCUGCAACUAUGAUUCCCUGGAGGUCUAUGGAGGUCCUGAUUUCCACUCUCCCAGAAUAGCCCAGUUGUGUGCCCAAAGAUCUUCUGAAAACCCCAUGCAGGUCUCCAGUGCUGGCAAUGAGCUAGCGAUCCGAUUUAAGACUGACAGCUCUAUAAAUGGCAGAGGCUUCAAUGUCUCGUGGCAAGCAGUCCCUGGAGGUUGUGGUGGGAUUUUCAAGGCUCCCAGUGGAGAGAUUCAUUCUCCCAAUUACCCCAGCCCUUACAGGAGUAACACUGAGUGUUCCUGGGUCAUUCAGGUUGAAAGAAAUCACCGUGUUCUCUUGAACUUCACAGACUUUGAUCUUGAACCUCAGGACUCGUGUAUUAUGGCAUAUGAUGGCUUCAACUCUGCAACCACCCGCCUUGCCAGUGUGUGUGGAAGACAGCAGCCGACUAAUCCCCUCACCUCUUCAGGAAAUACUCUCUUUGUGCGAUUUCGGUCUGGAGCGUCCAGACAGAGCAGAGGCUUCCGAGCUCGCUUCAGGCAAGCCUGUGGAGGCUUCCUCCUCACCAAUUCUUUUGAUACUAUUUCUUCUCCAUUGUUCCCUGCCAAGUAUCCAAACAAUCAGAACUGCAGCUGGAUAAUUCAAGCUCAACCUCCAUUCAGUCACAUAACCCUCUCCUUUAGCCACUUUGGGCUUGAAAGCAGCACAGCAUGCUCACGUGACUUUUUAGAAAUUUUGGAUGGUAGCGACUAUGAUGCACCUCUCCGAGGCCGUUAUUGUGGCAUCUCCAUGCCGCAUCCCGUCACUUCUUUCAGCAAUGCCCUGACGCUGAAGUUCGUCUCUGAUUCUAGAGUGAAUUCUGAGGGUUUUCAUGCUUUAUAUGCUGCAUCGUCAUCAGCUUGUGGUGGGACCUUCCACAUGGCUGAAGGCACCUUCAACAGCCCUGGCUACCCAGAAGUUUAUCCUUCUAAUGUGGAAUGCGUCUGGAACAUAGUCAGUUCCCCUGGCAACCAGCUCCAGUUGUCUUUCAUAACUUUCCAGCUGGAAGACUCUCAGGACUGUAGCAGAGAUUUCGUGGAGAUCCGGGAAGGAAACGCCACGGGCCACUUGGUGGGACGAUACUGUGGCCACAUCCUCCCCCUCAAUUAUUCGUCCAUUGUUGGGCAUAUCCUGUGGGUCAGAUUUGUCUCAGAUGGCUCGGGCAGUGGCAUUGGCUUCCAGGCCACAUUUGUUAACAUAUUUGGCAAUGACAAUAUUGUGGGAACUCAUGGGAAAAUUGCCUCUCCCUUAUGGCCUGGAAAUUACCCCCAUAAUUCCAAUUACCAGUGGAUAGUAAAUGUGAAUGCCUCUCAAGUUAUCCAUGGUAGAAUCUUGGAGAUGAACAUCGAAGCAACACAUAACUGCUAUUAUGACAAAUUAAGGGUUUAUGAUGGGCUUGGCAUUCAUUCCCGCCAAAUUGGAACUUACUGUGGUACACAGACUCCAUCGUUUAGCUCCUCUAGAAAUUCUUUGACAGUUCAAUUUUCUUCUGACUCUUCAAUCUCAGGGAAAGGAUUCCUUCUGGAGUGGUUUGCAGUGGACAUUUCUGUUGGACUUUUACCUACCAUUGCUACAGGUGCUUGUGGUGGGUUCCUGAGGACAGGCGAUACACCAGUCUUUCUUUACUCCCCCGGCUGGCCUGAAAGCUACAGUAAUCAGGCUGAUUGUACGUGGCUUAUCCAGGCCCCUGAUUCAACUGUGGAAUUCAACAUCCUUUCCCUGGACAUCGAAUCUCACCAGACAUGCAACUAUGAUAAACUUGUAAUAAGAGACGGAGACAGUAAUCUGGCCCAGGAACUAGCAGUUCUGUGUGGCAGAGAAAUCCCCGGGCCCAUCCGGUCUACUGGCGAGUACAUGCUGAUCCGAUUCACCUCUGACUUCAGUGUAACCGGGGCAGGCUUCAAUGCAUCCUUUCACAAGAGCUGUGGUGGCUAUUUACAUGCAGACAGAGGGGUUAUUACAUCCCCCAUGUAUCCUGAAACCUACCCUCCCAACCUCAACUGCUCUUGGCAUGUCCUGGUUCAGAGUGGUCUGACUAUCGCUGUCCAUUUUGAACAGCCAUUCCAGAUUCCAAACGGAGAUUCUUCCUGCAACCAGGGGGAUUAUGUGGUGCUAAAAAAUGGACCUGAUAUUUAUUCUCCACCCUUGGGACCCCAUGGAGGAAAUGGCCAUUUUUGUGGUAGUCGUCCUUCAUCUACUAUGUUCACCUCAGAUAAUCAAAUGUUUGCUCAGUUUAUUUCUGAUAAUAGUAAUGGAGGGCAAGGAUUUAAGAUCAAGUAUGAAGCAAAGAGUUUAGCUUGUGGUGGCAAUAUUUAUAUCCAUGAUGCUGAUUCCGCUGGGUAUGUAACCUCCCCCAACCACCCUGACAAUUACCCUCAACACACUGAUUGCAUUUGGAUCCUAUCUGCUCCUCCUGGAAAGCGCAUACAGCUGCAGUUUGAAGACCAAUUCAAUAUUGAAGCAACACCCAACUGUACUUCCAAUUACCUUGAGUUGCGGGAUGGAGCUGAUUCAAAUGCACCAAUACUUUCCAAGUUUUGUGGGAUAUCUCUGCCCAGAAGUCAGUGGUCCUCAGAAGAAGUCAUGUACCUGAGAUUCCGGUCUGAUAACAGCCCUACUCAUGUUGGAUUCAAGGCUAAGUAUUCCAUAGCCCUGUGUGGAGGAACAGUGACUGGGCAAAGUGGUGUCAUUGAAAGCAUUGGAUAUCCAACACUUCCUUAUAGAGACAAUUUAUUCUGUGAGUGGCAUCUCCAGGGUCUCUCAGGACACUAUUUCACCAUCCAUUUUGAAGACUUUAACCUUCAGAAUUCCUCCAACUGUGAAAAAGACUUUGUGGAGAUCUGGGAAAACCAUACCUCUGGACAUGUAUUGGGCAGAUUCUGUGGAAACACCAUUCCUGACAGCAUGGACACUUCUGGCAAUGUUGCUUUGGUCAGGUUUGUCACAGAUGGCUCUCUUACUGCCGCAGGAUUCAGAUUGCGGUUUGAAUCUAGCAUGGAAGAGUGUGGUGGGAAUCUCCAGGGCCUUACUGGAACAUUUGCUUCUCCCAACUAUCCGAACCCAAAUCCUCACAGCCGGAUCUGCGAGUGGAGAAUCACUGUGCAGGAAGGAAGGCGGAUCACUCUAACUUUUAACAACCUGAGGCUGGAAGCUCAUCCAUCCUGCAGCAACGAGCAUGUGACAGUAUUCAAUGGUAUUAGAAGUAACUCACCCCAACUAGAGAAACUGUGUAGUAGAGUGAAUGUAAGCGACCAGAUAAAAUCUUCAGGAAAUACAAUGAAAGUCGUUUUUUUCACUGAUGGGUCCAGGCCUUAUGGAGGAUUCGUUGCUUCCUACACAUCCAGUGAAGAUGCAGUGUGUGGCGGGUCCCUUACAAAUUUCCCUGAAGGAAACUUGACUUCUCCUGGCUAUAAUGGAGUCAGUAACUACUCAAGAAACCUAAACUGUGAAUGGAGUCUUAGUAAUCCGCAUCAGGGAAAUUCAUCCAUUUACAUUUAUUUUGAGGAUUUUUACCUAGAAAGUCACCAAGACUGUCAAUUUGAUGUCCUUGAGUUUCGAGUGGGAAAUGCUGAUGGACCUCUGAUGUGGAGACUUUGUGGCCAUUCAAAACCUACAGUACCAUUGGUCAUACCUUAUCCUCAGGUCUGGAUACACUUUGUCACCAAUCAACAAGUAGAACAUACUGGAUUCCAUGCAGAGUAUUCCUUUACAAACUGUGGCGGGAUACAGACAGGUGAGAGUGGAGCGAUUGCAAGCCCCAACUAUCCGGCCUCUUAUGACAGCUUGACCCACUGUUCUUGGUUGUUGGAAGCCCCACAAGGCCACACCAUCACUCUUACAUUUAGUGACUUUGAUGUUGAAUCCCAUACAACUUGUGCCUGGGACUCAGUCACCAUCAGGAAUGGCGGCUCUCCUGGAUCACCCAUAAUAGGACAGUACUGUGGAAGUUCAAACCCCAGGACAAUUCAGUCCGGAUCCAACCAGCUGGUGGUGAUUUUUAACUCAGACCAUUCGGUGCAACAUGGUGGCUUUUAUGCUACGUGGAUCACACAAACUUUAGGCUGUGGUGGAAUACUUCACUCAGACAAUGGUACACUCAGAUCCCCUCACUGGCCUCAGAAUUUCCCCGAGAACAGCAGAUGUUCGUGGACAGUCAUUACUCACGAAAGUAAACACUUGGAGAUCAGCUUUGACAACAACUUCCUAAUCCCCAGUGGUGACGAACGUUGUCAGAACAGCUUCGUGAAGGUGUGGGCAGGAACUGAGGAGGCUGACAAUGCUCUGUUAGCCACAGGCUGUGGGAACAUGGCUCCGGAUCCCAUCAUCACACCGAAAAACACAUUCACUGCUGUGUUCCAGGCUCAGGGGGCUCCAGCUCAGGGCUUCUCUGCAUCCUUUGUAAGCCGAUGUGGAAGUAAUUUCACUGACCCUUCAGGUUACAUCAUUUCUCCGAACUACCCAAAGCGUUAUGACAACAAUAUGAAUUGCACCUACAUCAUUGGGGCUGAUUCUCACUCUGUGGUCCUCUUGACUUUUGUGACUUUCCAUUUGGAAGCUCGCUCAGCCAUUGCAGGAAGUUGUGUCAAUGAUGGAGUGCACAUCAUUAGAGGUUACAGCUUAUCUUCCUCACCGAUUGCUACCGUGUGUGGUGAUGAGAUCCUGGCUCCGGUCUCCAUCUCUGGUCCAGUGCUGCUUAACUUCUACUCUAAUGCGCACAUCACAGACUUUGGAUUCAAGUUUUCCUAUAGGAUAACCUCCUGUGGUGGUGUGUUUAACUUCUCCACCGGAAUCAUCCGGAGUCCCUCCUAUUCGUAUUCAAACUACCCUAACAACAUGUACUGUUUGUAUUUCAUCACCGUUAGAGAUGACAAAGUGAUUCAGCUCAAGUUCAAUGAUUUUGAUGUGGUUCCCUCUGCCCUCUGCUCCCAAGACUACCUGGCAAUUUAUGAUGGUUCUAACAUCAGUGAUCCCCUUCUUGGCAAAUUCUGUGGCUCCAAGCUUCCGCCAGAUGUUAAGAGCAGCAAUAACAGUUUGCUCCUGGUGUUCAAGACAGAUUCAUUUCAAACAGCAAGAGGCUGGAAGGUAUCUUUCCGACAGACAUUGGGGCCUCAACACGGAUGUGGAGGUUAUCUGACAGGUUCCAAUUAUACGUUUUCAUCUCCUGAUUCUGAUUCAAAUGGAAGAUAUGACAAUAAUUUAAACUGUGUAUGGUUCAUAAGUGCACCUGUAAACAAACUGAUUAAACUCACCUUCAGUACAUUUUCUCUGGAGGCAGCGACUACUUUGCAAAGAUGCUUUUAUGAUUAUGUAAAGCUGUAUGAUGGGGAUAGUGAAAAUGCCAACUUGGCUGGAACAUUUUGUGGUUCCACUGUACCUGCUCCUUUUAUCUCUUCUGGUAACUUCCUUACAGUUCAAUUUGUCAGCGACGUCAUUUUAGAAAGGGAAGGAUUUAAAGCUACAUACACCAUCGUGGACAGGCCUUGUGGGGGAACCUAUAAUGCAACUUGGGUCCCACAAAGUGUCUCGUCACCAAAUUCAUCAAACCCAGAUGUUCCAUUUUACACUUGUACUUGGGUCAUUGAUGCUCCUCCACAUCAGCAAGUCAAGAUAACUGUGUGGGCCUUACAGCUUCACUCACAAGACUGCUCACAGAAUUACUUGGAGUUUCAGGACUCACCAAAGAGUAAUGGAAAUCCAGGUGUCCGGUUCUGUGGCAGAAACAUUUCAGCUGUUCCAGCAUUUUAUUCUUCUAUGCGUACUGCGAUUGUCGUGUUCAAAUCUGAAAUUUUUAACAGAAACUCUAGAACGGGCUUUACUUAUCAGAUUGCAGAUUGCAACAGAGACUAUAACAAUGCAUUUGGCCAUCUGAAGAGCCCUGGAUGGCCAGAUAACUAUAACGAUAACCUGGAUUGCACUAUUGUUCUCACAGCGCCACAGAACCACACUAUUUCCCUCUUUUUUCAUUCAUUUGGAAUUGAGGAGUCAAGCGAAUGCGCACGUGAUUUCUUGGAGGUAAGGAAUGGAAGUGAUAGCAGUUACCCGUUACUCGGCAAAUAUUGUGGAACUCUACUGCCAAAUCCUGUCUUCUCUCAAAACAAUGUAUUAUACCUACGGUUUAAGAGUGAUAGUGUAAUUUCAAAUCAUGGAUAUGAAAUCAUCUGGACCUCAUCGCCCUCUGGCUGUGGUGGAACUCUUUAUGGAGACAGCGGUUCGUUCACCAGCCCUGGCUAUCCAGGCACUUACCCAAACAACACCCACUGCGAGUGGGCCAUCACUUCUCCUGCUAGGAGACCUGUCACAGUCAGCUUUGACUUUAUCAGCAUCGAUGAUCCAGGAGACUGUGUCCAGAACUAUCUCAUACUCUAUGAUGGGCCAGGUGCUGAUUCUCCAUCCACUGGACCAUAUUGUGGAGCAGACACUGAGAUAGCUCCAUUUGUGGGUUCCUCGCAUCGGGUCUUCAUAAAAUUUCACGCUGAGUAUGUAGUGCAGCCAUCGGCAUUCUGGUUAACCUGGAACAGCUAA